GCGAAAUGCGGCAGUCUACACUCUACAGACUCUAAAGUCUGAAGUCUACACCCUACAAUCUUGAAUUAUUCAUGUUCUGCUGGUGAUCUCUUUUAUUUUGUGGAUUUUAUUUGGAUUUUAUUGAGAUGUUCUGGCAAGCCACUCGAAGCCAGUAGUAAAGAAGUUUUGAAUACACAGAAUUUUCAAUUACCCGUUACCAUCUAGUUUAACCUAUUUUGCCAUGGCCGAGUUGUCCCCUCGUCGACAGAGCCCGCGUUCUGCUUUAAAGCGCUCCCGAUCUCUGACGCAUCCUCUAAGCGAAGAAAUCCGCGAACCCCUUCUUCCGCUGCAAGAUGGAGAGGAAACCAGCAGUACGUCUGCUGCCACUAAUCACUCGGAGCCACCACGUGCUACCAUGGUGUUUAACGAUGCAGAAGCGCGAGACAGCUGGUCGCGUCGCAGCUCUCCGCAGAGCAGCUCAUCCAAGCUGCUGCGCCGCAGUUUCUCCCUGCCACGCUCCACAUUCGAUCCAUCCCCUCGCCCAUCAAUGCCUGCUCUCAGUCAGUUUUCCAACUGGGAUCAGUUAUCUCAAGCCUCCACCAGCUCACCUCGAUAUUCCUCUCUAUUCGCGCGCAAAGACUCAGUCAUGCCGCGAGCUUCUUUAACACCACUGCAUCGCGAACCUCUGGAGCGUUUCAAUGUGGCACUGGAAGAUUUCGUCACUGAGAUGGUGCCUAAUAAUCUCUACGAAAUCGCCUGCAAACACCUUCCACAGUUUACGAAAUAUUAUGGCGAUAAUUUUGUUAAGUGUGUUGGAGGAUGGAUGGAACGCACCACUGACGAUACCCUGAAAAUGCUGCGCGAGAGCGCUGAAGUGGCUAGCAUCGAGAAGGCGAUAGAGAUUGUGGCUCUCUCGAAGAGCGAUCCCCUCGUCAUUAAGGAACAGUUGCGCCUUGCUACGCCAGCGGGUGCUCUGGCUAUGAGUAAAGUCCCGAAGAUGGUGGCGAAAAAUCUCCGAUAUCAACAGAAACUCUUGGAUAAAUUAAGGAGUGAAAAAGCUGAAAAAGAAGCCCUCGUGGCGGAAAAAGUGCAGCUGCUUAUGGAACGACAUCGCCGUCUGGAGCAGCAGCGCGGAAAGAUUGAAGAAAUGGUAGAACAAGUUAACGCAUCGGGUAGCUUCGCUGCCUUGCUGGACGCCUACCGCCAGGACGUGCUCAGUGAGAAGUACCCAACCCUGGACAGCACUAUUGAUAAAUGCUUUGAUGAAUGAUCGGCAUGUUCUUCGUUUUCUUAUCAGCGGUAUGUGCGUGCGGUAUAUUGGAAGUUCAUGCUGAAUUGUAUAAUUGUGUAAAUAUUUAGGGUUUUCGAGUUUCCUUUCUUUUUAAUAUGUCAGGCUUGAUUACUUUCACUUUUGUGACGCUUUUCUAAUACGGCUUUGCAUUUUUCAAGAAAAGCAGUUAGCAUCAAACGCGGUUGCUUAACUUGCUUUAGAGUGGUUUUUAAUUAUGCUGCAGUUAUUAAACAGUUUUA